AUGUCAGAUGAAGGUACAUUUUUGGCUGUAUUAAAUAAUGAAUAUUUUGCUAAGAAUUUAUUAAGCUAUAUAUUAUCUAUAAAUGAUUUGGAUAAUUUAUCAUUAUCAUGUAGAGCAGCAUAUAGAAGUGUAUCAUUAACUAAAAAUAAAUUAGUAUUAAAAAAAAGAAAAUUUUGUACUACAUUAAUAAUAAAUGAUAAAGAGAAACAGCGCCAAGUUCCAGGAACAGGAAGGAUAAGAAAUUUAUUUUUAAAUAAUGAAUCAUUUAAUAUUGAGAAGAAUUUUUAUGGAUCACUUCUUCCUGAAGAGAGAGAUCUAGUUGAUGAGAUACAUUUUCGUAUUGAAGAUCAAAGAAAAAUAACUUUAACAAACAAGUAUGAUGAUUAUGCACCAAAAAUUGCCAAAGUUAUAGAUGAAUAUUUUGAAAUGUUUACUAAUGCAAGAAUUUUGAAUUUUAUGGAUAGUUGUAAUAAUUUUCCUUCAGGAUUUCCUUUAGCUGUAAUUAGAUAUUUAAAAAGCUCCAAAAUUAAAAUUAUUACAAAUAUUAAUAUAAAUUCAAUAUUAAAAUAUUAUGCUGAUAAAAGUACUAGCAAAAAUAACUUUUUUACUAAUCUUAAAAAUUUAAAAGAGUUUGGUUUUUGUAUAGAUAAAAGAAAACAACAAAAUUUAACAGAUAAUGAGAUAAAACAAUUUGAACCAUUUGUGGAAUAUUUAUCAAGACAAUCACAUAUAAUAUAUACUUUUUAUAGAACUACAAUUUUAUAUCAUACUCCUGAAAAUAAGACAAUAUUAAAAAUGUUAUUAAAAUAUAAAUUAAAUAUAAAAAUUGAUCAUCGUUUAAGUUGGCAUUAUCUUUCAUUAUUGAAAGAUUUUAAUAUGCAUAGCUUAAUGGAUUUUAACAAAAUUCAACAUUUUAAUUUUACUUAUGCACCUCAGAGUGAUUUAAAUGGAAUAUUAGCAAAAUUACAAUGUUUAAAUUCUAUGAUUUUUUAUUUUCCAAGUGCAUUAUAUCAAUUUGCAUUUCCACCUAGAAGUGGAAGAAUAGAUAGAACUGAACUUGAAAAUGAAUGGCCACUAGAUAAUUUAAGAAAUUGUUAUUACUUAGAAGAAGUUUGUAUUGUUUCUGAAAUAUCAAUACGAAAUUUAUCAGAAUUUAAUUGUUUACCAUUUCCUUUACAUAUGUUGAUGCGCCAUGUUAUAGAAAAUUUACCACAAUCUGUUACUAAAUUAACAAUAAUUGCCAAUGAAAAACUAACUACUAAAAUGGUAAAUGCUAUCAAUAAUUCAUUGCCAAAUUUAAAAGAAUUGACAUUAUGGAAUGUAAGAAUUCGUAUUAAUGAUAUUUUAGAAAAAUUGACAUCUUUAGAAUUUCUAUAUGUUAAUAUGCCUAUCAACUUUAAAAUUCCCACUACAGUUAAAUAUCUUAUUGUAGAACAUCCAAUUAAAGAAUGUAACUGUCCAAAUAGAAUUGCAAAACCAUAUAAUCAUGACUUGGAAAAUAAAGAAUUAUUUGAUCUAUAUCCCCAUUUUAUGUUAAUCACACAAGAACACAAUACUCCAGUUAAAAUAUUCUUUAAAAAUAUUUAUGAAAGAAACCGUUAUCAGGAAGCAGUUCGCACAAUCAGAGAAAGAAUUGACUUAUUCUUAUUGCCAAUAUAA